AUGGCGCAGAUGGUGCAAAUGUCCCAAGUAGUUCAGCCUCACCGACCUCUCCCUCAGCCCCUGCAGAUCUCGUUUGAACGUUUUCGUGCCACCCUCGGUGUUGACGAGCAAGCGCAGUUUCAACACACACAGUUCGAAGACGUUGUUUCCGAGGUCCAACGGCUGGAACGGAAGCAAGCGGCUUCCAGUCGCACCCGCAAGAUCCAGUCCCGGAUUGGACCCUUCCUGGACUUUCUCGAGCGGUAUGGGCGAGCCCUGGACUCGGCGACGCAGGCGCGACCUGUACCAUUCUCCCUCGUGUGGGGGUUGGUUUCUUCAGCCCAUUCCCAGUAUCUGGAGAGGUUGAUCCAUGCAAUCGAAGAUAUCAGCGAUAAAGUCUCACUCUAUGCCGAGUACGAGAAGCUUCUCAAGGGCCAUGUUCGUUUCCAGGCCGCACUGGCAGAGGUAUACUAUGAUACCCUGGUGUUUCUGCACAAAGCAAAGACUGUAUUUUCCAAACGCGGCCUCAGCUUGCUUUGGAGAAACGUCUGGCGAACGUUCGACCUUGAUUUCCGUGACACUCUCAGAGCUCUUUCUCGACACACGCUCGUUUUAGAUAACGAGAUCGCGCUAUCAAACGACACCAAAGUUGUUGACCUCUGGAAAGGGUAUCUGGAGGCGCGGCAGAACAUUUCGAGGUGGCUGUCUCCAGCCGAUGCACAAGAUGACUUCCUCAGAGAAUCGAAUCGGCGAAUCUCGUCGUGCGGCCAAUGGCUCCUUGAUCACCAUCUCUUCCGAGAGUGGUGCCAAUCCAUCGACAACCGCAUCUUGUGGAUUGUCGGACCACCAGGCUCGGGUAAGACGGUCCUAAGUACUUCCAUAAUCGAGCACAUCCAAACCUCUCGAAAUGCUCAUGAGCUCAAACCUGUUGCCUUCUUUUACUGUUCCCAAAAUUCUCAGCAGAACCGGACCACCAUCUCCAUCCUGGCCACCUUGAUCGCACAAAUAAUAGCCCAGUUUGAAGACCUGCCAGAGGUGGUGCUCGAAUCCUACAACAGGUCGACGAAAUGCGCGAGGCCUCGACUUUCAAUGGCCGACCAACCUCUCCUCCUCAUCACGUCUCUCUGUGGCCUCCUAGAUGAAAUCUAUAUCUUGAUAGAUGGGUUAGACGAGGCCGAGAGCCCGGACGAGGUACUGCGGGACAUCCUCGCACUCACCGGGUCUACAGUGACUAUUCGCACCUUGAUAUUGAGCAGAGACUUACCUCGAUUAACCAGGCGACUUGGUUCUCAUCCACACUCCAUCUUGAAAAUAAAGUCGAGAGACACAAGAGCUGACAUUGACAUGUUCGUCACAAGUCAAUUGUCCAAGCUCGACUUUGUUGAUGCGGAAUUGCAUGACAAAAUGUUUGCUAAACUCUCCCAAGGAGCAGAUGGCAUGUUCCUCUGGGCCAGCCUUCUUUUACAGUCUUUGACGUCAGCGACGAGCACCUACGAUGCGAUGGAUAUAAUCUCCAACCACCCGGUGGGCUUGAAUUUGACCUACAACGCCAUCUUGGAACGAUUCAAAACAAGGUCCCGCCAAAGUCAAAGGCUCACUAAGAGAUUCUUGACCUGGAUGUGUUGCGCCGCCCGCCCAGUCGGUUGGAAUGAGUUGACAGCAGCCUUGGCUGUUGGCAGGAUCGAAAAGAUGCCAUUUAAAGAGGCGAUGCUGGAAAUUUGCAGUCCUCUGGUUGAAUACCUCCCAGACCAGGAUAUCUUCAGAUUUGUACACAUUUCCGUUCGGGAAUUUCUGUUGGAUGUGACCGAAGAUCAUUCUGCGCAAGAAAGUGACGACGGAUCGAGCUUGCCCUUUCGAAAGGCAGAUGGCCACUCUCAUAUUGCAAAUGUAUGUCUCAGGUACCUUCUCCAGGCUGCCGAGAUGGAGACCAACCUCGCAACCGACGUCUUAUUCCCGUUAUCUGAAUACGCCAUGUCCUUCUGGGCGUACCACCUGGUACGAUCCAGAUAUGAACCCGAGCUCGAUGAGAUGAUGCACAGCUACUUGGCAUGCCGUCGACGUCGCUUAAGCUGGAUCGAGCGGCAACUGUUUGGUGAAGCAUCAGUCUUCCCUUUGCAACACCUGGUCAAACUCCAAAAACAGCUCUGCAAAUGGGCAUCCGCGGGGCAGCGGGAGCGCGAUGAUCGCCUAGAUUGGAUUCGAGAUGUUGAGCAGAUCUUAUUGGAUGUAGAGAACGUCGAAGAACAGCAAGAUUUCGGCUCAGAGACAGACAGCACCGGCAGAGCCAAGGUAACGUACUUUGAAAAGCUGAUGGUCAUCAGAGACCUCUCCCGAGAAUAUACCAUGAGCAACAGGCUCGAUCAAGGUGAGAGAUGGAUGACCGAGGCUCUGCGGAGGAAACAGGAAUCUCCCCAGCAGGACGAGCUGUCGACGGUUUGGUUGUUGAACAGCUUGGGAAUUAUAUACGACCAACAGCAGAAAGUCGAGCUGGCAGCUUCUACGCAAGAGAAGGCACUCGCGAUCCAGGAGAAGCAUCUGGGAACUAGCCAUCCGGAAACAAUCUGGACGGUCAACGAGCUUGGCCGUAUGUAUAGACACUUGAAGCGCACUCCAGACUCCAUCUCGAUGCAUCUGCGAGCACUUGCCGUCUUGGAGACGUCUGGAGACGAAUUGCAAGUGGCUUGGACCUUGAACACACUGGCACGAGCGUAUCGACAACUGGGGGACCCCGUGACUGCAAUAUCACGCCACAGAGAGGCCAUUGCCAUUCAGGAGAAGCUCCUCGGUGCCGACCAUCCUCACGUCCUCUGGGCCACGGCUGACAUAGGCCGAUGCUACCGCGACCAAGGAAGAUUUGUCGAAAGUGCACAGCACCACCGCAUCUGCCUUGAGGGACGGGAAAGAGUCCUGGGCAUGGACCAUCACGAUACCCUUUGGGCAAUCAACGACCUGGCCUUUGUCGUGGAGGAAUUUGACAAAGUUGAAGCCAGGAAAUUGCACCAGCAGGCAUUAGCUGGCCAGACUCUUCUUCUCGGCGUCUCCCACCGUGACACGGUCUGGACUAGAGCGCAGAUCGAGAAGCUUGAGGCUCAGAUGCUGGCUUCGAAACUCGCCGCAGCACAGGCUGCAUAUCCCGGCGGUCCUCCUGUACCCGGCGGUGCCCCUCCCCCUGGAGGUGCUCCCGGUGGUGGCUACCCUGGUCAGCAGCAAUAUCAAGCAUAUCCAGGUGGUCCUCCAGCUUCUGGCCCUGGUGCUGGUGCUGGAGCUGGUGCUGGGGCUCCCAGACCAGGUCAACCGUUCUCUCGCAUCGCGCAGCAAACUCAGCCAGGAGCUGCAUAUCCUGGUGCACCAACCCCGCAGCCACCGUACCCCUCUCAACCGCCGUAUCAGCAGCAACAGCCACAACCGCCUCCGUCACCUUAUAAUCAGCCUGCGGUUCCUCCUCGACCUAGUGCAUCUCCUCAACCUUACCAGCCUCCGCAGUGGCAAGCGCCUCAACAGCAAUCGCAACAGCCGCCGUAUGGUCAACAGCUAGGUGUCCCCCAGCAGCAGGGGGGGUAUCAGUCACCGCAGCCAGCAUAUCAAUCCUAUCAAUCGCAGUAUCAACAACCACAGAAUCAAUACGGACAACAGCAGUACCAGCAGCAGCAGCAACCAACUGGUGGAUAUGGAUAUGGACAACAACCUCCAUACCCUGGCGGCCCCUCUCCUGGUGGUCCUCCUCAACAAUAUGGCGGCGGCCCUCCCCCUCAGCAGUACGGCGGUGCUCCCCCUGGUGGCGCCCCCGGCGGCCCGCCUGUAGCUCCGGUCGGUAAUGUGGGCGCCUACAAGCAACUUCUCCAAGCCACCAUUCAAGAGAAAGGACUUCAGAAUUUCUACCCACCAGGCCAUCCCAUGCUCGACCAGAUCGCUAACCGCGCCGCUCAACAAGUCGCUCAGUUGGCCGCGGCCUGGAGGAUCUCUCCUGAAAUAGCCUCGGACAUUGUCAAGUUGGCCCUGUACGACGUGAUCUUGUACAUUGAUGACAGUGGAUCCAUGCAAUUCGAAGAGAAUGGAGAACGUAUUGAUGACCUCAAGUUGAUAUUGUCACGUGUCGCAUUUGCCACCUCCCUCUUCGACGACGAUGGCAUUCAAGUCCGCUUCAUGAACUCUCCUGACCAGGGCAACAACAUUCGCAAUGAGCAGCAAGUCAAUGAGAUGAUUGCGCGUACCCGCUUUUCUGGCCUCACACCCAUGGGUCGCGAAUUACAAAACAAGAUCCUCGGACCUCUUGUACUGGAGAAUGCCCGACGUGGGACCUUGCGCAAGCCCGUGUUGGUCAUCACCAUCACCGAUGGUCAACCUACGGGCGAAAGCUCGUCCGAUGUGGCUAAGAUCAUUGCGGCGGCAUCGAGCGAGUUGGCGCGCAAUCCGCGGUACGGCAAGGGAGCGUUGGCAUUCCAGUUUGCACAAGUCGGCAAUGACCUGAAAGCGAGAGAGUUUCUGGGAAAACUCGAUGAAGAGCCUACUAUCGGUGACAUCAUUGAUUGCACAUCCAACUACGAAGUCGAAGCUGACGAGAUGUCUCGUGCUAAUCCACCUGUCCAGUUGUCCCCCGAACUCUGGCUUAUCAAACUCCUCCUCGGUAGUAUCGACUCGAGCUACGACACCAAAGACGAGAAAGCUGGUGCGAGACCUCCUCAAGGUGGCCCUGGCGGCUAUGGAGGACCUCCAGGCGGUGGUUAUGGUGCUCCACCUCCGGGACAAUAUGGAGGUGCUCCAGGCGGCGGGUAUGGACAACCUCAAGGCGGUUACGGUGGUCCUCCCGGUCAAGGUGGCUAUCCCCCACAGCAGGGCGGCUACGGCCAGCCUCAAGGUGGCUAUGGAGGACAGCAACCGGGCGGUUAUGGACGACCUCCGCAAGGUGGACCACAGGGAGGCUAUCCCCCACAACAGGGUGGCUACGGUGCACCACCACCACCAAGAUACUAG